AUGUGCUAUCAACCAGACCAUAUUUGUAUUCAUCAUCCACGAUGUUUUGAUGGUCCCAUGUGUUAUCCUUUGUCAAAAACGAAGGAAGAUAUAUGCCCAUCAAUAAUAAUGACAACAUCUACAACAACGAUGAGUACAAGUACUACAACAUUGACACCAAAACCCAUUGAUGGCAUUUGUGAGAACGCGGCAUGGUCUACGAAUGGUACUUCUGUAGCUGGUAGAAGCGAUGGCCUAGGGUCUGCACUCGAUCGGUUGUAUGGUCCUUGGGGACUUUAUGUUGAUGACAAUGAAGUUGUUUAUGUGGCCGAUUCAAAAAAUCAUCGUAUAGUUAAAUGGGAACCAGGUGCUACAGCUGGUCAAAUAGUCGCCGGCGGAAAAGGAAGUGGAAACAGUAGUGAUCAAUUCAAUCAUCCGUCAGACGUUGUUGUCGAUAGAGAUGGAACAAUCUACAUAAGUGAUACAGAAAAUCGACGUAUUCAACAAUGGACUCGGGGAGCCAAGAAUGGAAAAACAGUUAUUAAAGAUGUCUCAUCUCCUGUAGGCAUAACACGAGAUCAACAAGGAUUACUGUAUGUAUGUGACUGGGAAAAGGGCGAAGUAAGAAAAUGGCGUGUAGGUGCGACAGCUGGGCAAAUCGUUGUGUCGAGACUUGGUGGUCCACGAUUUAUAUUUAUUGAUCAAAAUCAAUCCAUUUACGUAGCCGAACAGCGUCGUGAUCGAGUAGUAAAAGUCAAUGAUGCAAUAGUCACACAACCUUCCAUUCUUGCUGGUGUAUCUCUUGGUGAUAAUUUAAAUCAAUUAUGGAGUCCGUACAGUGUUAUUGUCGAUGCAUCAGGUACUCUCUAUAUUGCCGAUACUAAUAAUCAUCGAAUCAUGCGUUGGGCACGUGGAGCUCAAUUCGGAAAGAUUAUAGCUGGCGGACGAGGAAUGGGUUCCCGAUAUGAUCAAUUGAGUUAUCCACAUGAUUUAUCAUUUGAUCUCAAUGGGAAUCUCUAUGUAGUUGAUUAUGGAAAUCAUCGUGUGCAAAAAUUUGUCAUUGAUAAAAGUUUAUGUUAA